GUAGCGCGCAGGCGCCAGGCCAGGCAACUUGCGCGCCCGGGGACGGACGAAGACAGUCCAGCUCCUGUUGCGGCUAGUGUAGCAACGCUUUCGAGCCCCCUUCCCACUUGCCUCAGUUCCCCUUCCCCGGGCCCUUAGGGCUUUUCAUCUCAGUCCCUGAAGCUCGUUGCCUCCGCUCACUCUCUGCCUCCAGGAUGCCGGUGACCGAGAAAGACCUGGCGGAGGACGCGCCGUGGAAGAAGAUUCAGCAGAACACGUUCACGCGCUGGUGCAACGAGCACCUCAAGUGUGUGAACAAACGCAUCGGGAACCUGCAGACCGACCUGAGCGACGGGCUGCGGCUCAUCGCGUUGCUUGAGGUGCUCAGCCAGAAGCGCAUGCACCACAAGUACCAUCAGCGGCCCACCUUCCGACAGAUGAAGCUGGAGAAUGUGUCUGUGGCUCUGGAGUUCCUAGACCACGAAAGCAUUAAGCUCGUGUCCAUUGACAGUAAAGCCAUCGUGGAUGGGAAUCUGAAGCUCAUCUUGGGCCUGGUAUGGACUUUGAUCCUUCACUACUCCAUCUCCAUGCCCGUGUGGGAAGACGAGGGGGAUGAUGACGCCAAGAAGCAGACCCCGAAACAGAGGCUGCUGGGAUGGAUUCAGAACAAGAUCCCAUACUUGCCCAUCACCAACUUCAACCAGAACUGGCAAGACGGCAAAGCCUUAGGAGCCCUGGUAGACAGCUGUGCUCCGGGUCUGUGCCCGGACUGGGAAUCCUGGGACCCACGAAAGCCGGUGGAUAAUGCUCGAGAAGCCAUGCAGCAGGCCGACGACUGGCUGGGCGUCCCACAGGUCAUCACGCCCGAGGAGAUUAUUCACCCGGAUGUGGACGAGCACUCUGUGAUGACCUACCUGUCUCAGUUCCCCAAAGCCAAGCUCAAGCCAGGUGCUCCUCUUAAACCCAAACUCAACCCGAAGAAAGCCAGAGCCUAUGGCAGAGGAAUCGAGUCCACUGGAAACAUGGUGAAGCAGCCAGCCAAAUUCACGGUAGAUACCAUCAGCGCUGGACAAGGGGAUGUGAUGGUGUUUGUUGAGGACCCAGAAGGAAACAAGGAAGAGGCUCGUGUGACCCCAGACAGUGAUAAGAACAAGACAUACUCUGUGGAGUAUCUGCCCAAAGUCACCGGGCUUCACAAAGUCAUAGUCCUGUUUGCAGGACAGCACAUUUCCAAGAGCCCAUUUGAAGUGAACGUUGACAAAGCCCAAGGAGAUGCCAGCAAAGUCACUGCUAAAGGCCCAGGGUUGGAAACUACAGGGAACAUUGCCAAUAAGCCCACCUACUUUGACAUCUACACAGCUGGUGCUGGUGUGGGUGACAUUGGCGUUGAGGUAGAGGAUCCCCAGGGCAAGAACAGUGUGGAGCUCCUGGUAGAAGACAGAGGCAAUCAGGUGUAUAGAUGUGUCUACAAGCCACUGCAGCCUGGCCCCCAUGUGGUCAAGGUCUCCUUUGCUGGGGACGCCAUUCCCAAGAGCCCCUUUGGUGUACAAAUUGGUGAAGCCUGUAACCCAAAUGCUUGCAGGGCCAGUGGCCGAGGCCUGCAGCCCAAAGGCGUCCGGAUCCGGGAGACUGCAGACUUUAAGGUGGACACCAAGGCGGCUGGAAGCGGAGAGCUUGCUGUAACCGUGAAGGGCCCUAAGGGCCUGGAGGAGCUGGUCAAGCAGAAGGGCUUUCUGGAUGGGGUCUACUCGUUUGAGUACUACCCCAGCACACCAGGGAAAUACAGCAUUGCAGUUACUUGGGGGGGACACCACAUUCCAAAGAGCCCCUUUGAAGUUCAAGUUGGCCCUGAGGCAGGCAUGCAGAAAGUCCGUGCAUGGGGCCCUGGACUCCACGGUGGCAUUGUUGGUCGGUCAGCAGACUUUGUGGUGGAAUCCAUUGGUUCUGAGGUCGGGACUCUGGGUUUUGCCAUCGAAGGUCCUUCCCAGGCAAAAAUCGAGUAUGACGAUCAGAACGAUGGCUCAUGUGACGUCAAAUACUGGCCCAAGGAACCUGGAGAAUAUGCCGUUCACAUCAUGUGCGACGACGAAGACAUCAAGGACAGCCCAUACAUGGCUUUCAUCCAUCCUGCCACAGGAGACUACAACCCAGAUCUAGUCCAAGCAUAUGGGCCAGGUCUGGAGAAAACUGGUUGUACUAUCAACAACCCAGCUGAGUUCAUCGUAGAUCCUAAGGAUGCCGGGAACGCUCCCUUAAAGAUACUGGCUCAGGAUGGGGAAGGCCAGCCCAUUGACAUCCAGAUGAAAAGCCGGAUGGAUGGCACCUAUGUCUGCUCCUAUACCCCGGUCAAAGCUAUCAAGCACACCAUAGCUGUGGUCUGGGGAGGGGUGAACAUACCACACAGCCCCUACAGGGUCAACAUUGGACAAGGUAGCCAUCCCCAAAAGGUCAAAGUGUUUGGACCGGGCGUGGAGAGGAGUGGUCUGAAGGCAAACGAGCCUACUCACUUCACAGUGGAUUGCACGGAGGCUGGGGAAGGUGAUGUCAGUGUUGGUAUCAAGUGUGAUGCCCGAGUGUUAAGUGAUGAUGAGGAAGACGUCGAUUUCGACAUUAUUCACAAUGCCAACGACACGUUCACAGUCAAAUACGUGCCUCCCGCCCCUGGGCGAUAUACUAUCAAGGUUCUCUUCGCAUCGGAGGAAAUCCCUGCCAGCCCUUUCAGAGUCAAAGUUGACCCUUCCCAUGACGCCAGCAAGGUGAAGGCGGAAGGCCCUGGGUUGAGUAAAGCAGGUGUGGAAAAUGGGAAGCCGACCCACUUCACUGUUCACACCAAGGGAGCCGGAAAAGCCCCGCUCAAUGUGCAGUUCUCCAGCCCGGUCCCUGGGGAGGCAGUGAAGGACUUGGAUAUCAUUGACAACUAUGACUACUCCCAUACUGUUAAAUACACCCCAACCCAGCAGGGCAACAUGCAGGUCCUGGUGACUUAUGGUGGCGACCCCAUUCCCAAAAGUCCUUUCACUGUGGGCGUUGCCGCGCCGCUGGAUCUGAGCAAGAUAAAAAUCAACGGACUAGAAAACAGAGUUGAGGUUGGGAAGGACCAGGAAUUUGCCAUUGACACCAACGGGGCAGGAGGCCAGGGGAAGCUGGAUGUGACGAUCCUGAGCCCUUCUCGGAAGGUGGUGCCAUGCUUGGUAGCACCAGUGGCUGGCAGAGAAUGCAGCACAGCCAAAUUCAUCCCUCGGGAAGAGGGGCUGUUUGCUGUAGACGUGACCUAUGACGGACACCCAGUGCCGGGGAGCCCCUACACUGUGGAGGCCUCACUGCCACCAGAUCCCACCAAGGUGAAGGCCCACGGUCCUGGCCUUGAAGGAGGUCUUGUAGGCAAGCCCGCAGAGUUCACCAUUGACACUAAAGGAGCUGGAACUGGAGGUUUGGGCCUCACUGUGGAAGGUCCGUGUGAGGCCAAAAUCGAAUGCUCUGAUAACGGCGAUGGGACCUGCUCCGUCUCUUACCUUCCCACGAAACCUGGAGAAUACUUUGUCAACAUUCUUUUCGAAGAAGUCCAUAUUCCCGGGUCUCCCUUCAAAGCCGACAUUGAGAUGCCAUUUGACCCCUCUAAGGUUGUAGCCUCAGGACCAGGACUCGAACAUGGAAAAGUGGGUGAACCUGGAAUCCUUUGCGUUGAUUGUUCAGAAGCAGGGCCUGGGACUCUGGGCCUUGAAGCGGUCUCAGACUCAGGUGCGAAAGCCGAGGUGUCCAUCCAGAACAACAAAGAUGGCAGCUACGCUGUGACCUAUGUGCCUCUGACGGCCGGCAUGUACACCCUGACCAUGAAGUAUGGUGGUGAGCUUGUACCACAAUUCCCCACCUGGGUCAAGGUGGAGCCCACCGUCGACACGAGUGGGAUCAAAGCCUUUGGGCCAGGAAUCGAAGGCAAAGAUGUGUUCCGGGAGGCCACAACAGACUUCACAGUUGAUGCUAGGCCCCUUACCCAGGUUGGAGGUGACCACAUCAAAGCUCACAUUGCCAACCCGUCAGGGGCCUCAACCGAGUGCUUCGUCAAGGACAAUGCUGAUGGGACCUAUCAAGUAGAAUACACACCAUUUGAGAAAGGUUUCCAUGUAGUAGAGGUGACAUACGAUGAUGCGCCCAUCCCAAACAGCCCAUUCAAAGUGGCUGUCAAUGAAGGCUGCCAGCCAUCUCGGGUCCAUGCCCAAGGCCCUGGGCUGAAAGAGGCUUUCACCAACAAGCCUAAUGUCUUCACAGUGGUGACCAGGGGAGCGGGGAUCGGUGGGCUUGGCAUCACUGUGGAGGGGCCGUCGGAGUCAAAGAUAAACUGCAGAGACAACAAAGACGGCAGCUGCAGCGCGGAGUACAUCCCGUUUGCGCCUGGGGAUUACGACGUUAAUAUCACAUACGGAGGCGUCCACAUCCCUGGCAGCCCCUUCAGAGUGCCUUCGAAAGAUGUCGUGGAUCCCAGCAAGGUCAAAAUUGCUGGCCCCGGUCUGAGCUCCUGUGUCCGAGCAUGCAUCCCACAGUCCUUCACGGUGGACACCAGCAAGGCUGGCCUGGCUCCACUGGAAGUGAGGGUCAUGGGCCCAAGAGGCCUCGUGGAGCCGGUGGAUGUGGUGGAUAAUGGGGAUGGCACCCACACAGUGACCUACACGCCAUCUCAGGAGGGGCCCUACAUUGUUUCUGUCAAAUACGCUGAUGAAGAGAUCCCCCGAAGUCCCUUUAAGGUCAAGGUCCUUCCCACAUACGAUGCGAGCAAAGUGACCGCCUCCGGGCCUGGCCUCAGUGCCUAUGGGGUGCCCGCCAGCUUACCUGUGGAGUUUGCCAUUGAUGCCAGAGAUGCCGGCGAAGGCCUACUUGCUGUCCAGAUCACGGACCAAGAAGGAAAGCCUCAAAGAGCCACCGUCCACGACAAUAAGGAUGGCACCUACGCCGUUACCUAUAUCCCUGAUAAGACCGGACGCUAUAUGAUUGGGGUCACCUAUGGUGGAGACAACAUCCCACUUUCUCCUUAUCGUAUCCGGGCCACGCAGACCGGCGAUGCCAGCAAGUGUUUGGCCACAGGUCCUGGCAUUGCCCCCACUGUGAAAACUGGCGAGGAAGUGGGCUUCGUAGUGGAUGCUAAGACUGCAGGGAAGGGGAAAGUCACCUGCGUGAUCCUCACCCCAGAUGGCACGGAGGCUGAAGCUGACGUCAUUGAAAAUGAAGAUGGCACCUAUGACAUUUUCUACACUGCCGCCAAGCCAGGCACCUACGUGAUCUAUGUGCGCUUUGGUGGCGUUGAUAUUCCCAAUAGCCCCUUCACAGUCAUGGCCACCGAUGGGGAAGUGACAGCCAUGGAGGAGGCACCGGUAAAUGCAUGUCCCCCUGGAUUCAGGCCCUGGGUUACGGAAGAGGCCUAUGUCCCAGUGAGUGACAUGAACGGACUAGGCUUCAAGCCCUUUGACUUGGUGAUUCCGUUUGCCGUCAGGAAAGGAGAAAUCACAGGCCAGGUGCAUAUGCCGUCUGGGAAGAAAGCUACCCCUGAGAUUGUGGACAACAAGGACGGCACGGUCACUGUGAGAUAUGCCCCCACUGAAGUUGGCCUCCACGAGAUGCACAUCAAGUACAUGGGCAGCCACAUCCCUGAGAGCCCCCUCCAGUUCUACGUGAACUACCCCAACAGUGGGAGUGUGUCUGCGUACGGUCCAGGCCUUGUGUAUGGAGUAGCCAACAAAACCGCCACCUUCACCAUCGUCACGGAGGAUGCUGGAGAAGGUGGUCUGGACUUGGCUAUUGAAGGGCCCUCAAAAGCAGAGAUCAGCUGCAUUGACAACAAAGACGGGACAUGUACAGUGACCUACCUGCCCACCUUGCCAGGGGACUAUAGCAUUCUGGUCAAGUACAAUGACAAGCACAUCCCUGGCAGCCCCUUCACUGCCAAGAUCACAGAUGAUAGCAGACGCUGCUCCCAAGUGAAGCUGGGCUCGGCUGCUGACUUCCUUCUGGACAUCAGUGAGACCGACCUCAGCACCCUGACAGCCAGUAUCAAGGCCCCAUCUGGACGUGAUGAGCCCUGUCUGCUAAAGAGACUACCCAACAACCACAUUGGCAUUUCCUUCAUCCCCCGAGAGGUGGGUGAACAUCUAGUCAGCAUCAAGAAGAACGGCAACCACGUGGCCAAUAGCCCUGUAUCCAUCAUGGUGGUCCAGUCUGAGAUUGGUGAUGCACGCCGUGCCAAAGUCUAUGGCCGAGGCCUGUCAGAAGGCCGGACUUUCGAGAUGUCUGACUUCAUCGUGGACACGAGAGAUGCAGGCUAUGGUGGCAUAUCCUUGGCAGUAGAAGGACCCAGCAAGGUGGACAUCCAGACAGAGGACCUGGAGGACGGUACCUGCAAGGUGUCCUACUUCCCCACUGUGCCUGGGGUCUAUAUCGUCUCCACCAAAUUUGCUGACGAGCAUGUGCCUGGAAGCCCAUUCACUGUGAAGAUCAGCGGUGAGGGAAGAGUCAAGGAGAGCAUCACCCGGACGAGCCGGGCUCCAUCUGUGGCCACGGUUGGCAGUAUCUGUGACCUGAACCUGAAGAUCCCAGAGAUCAACAGCAGUGACAUGUCUGCCCAUGUCACCAGCCCCUCUGGUCAUGUCACCGAGGCAGAGAUCGUCCCUGUGGGAAAGAACUCUCACUGUGUCAGAUUUGUGCCCCAGGAGAUGGGCGUCCACACAGUCAGCGUCAAGUACCGUGGACAGCACGUAACAGGAAGCCCCUUCCAGUUCACCGUGGGGCCCCUUGGAGAAGGGGGUGCCCACAAGGUCCGAGCAGGAGGCCCUGGUCUGGAGAGGGGAGAAGCAGGUAUCCCAGCCGAGUUCAGCAUCUGGACCCGGGAAGCAGGUGCUGGUGGCCUCUCCAUUGCUGUCGAGGGCCCUAGUAAGGCCGAGAUCACAUUCGAUGACCAUAAAAAUGGGUCAUGCGGUGUGUCUUAUAUUGCCCAAGAGCCUGGUAACUACGAGGUGUCUAUCAAGUUCAACGAUGAGCACAUCCCUGACAGCCCUUACCUGGUGCCCGUCAUCGCGCCCUCAGACGACGCCCGCUGCCUCACUGUUCUGAGCCUUCAGGAGUCAGGAUUAAAAGUUAACCAGCCAGCAUCCUUUGCUAUAAGGUUGAAUGGCGCCAAAGGAAAGAUUGACGCAAAGGUGCACAGCCCCUCGGGAGCCGUGGAGGAAUGCCACGUGUCUGAACUGGAGCCAGAUAAGUACGCUGUGCGCUUCAUCCCCCAUGAGAAUGGCAUCCACACGAUCGACGUCAAAUUUAAUGGCAGCCACGUGGUCGGGAGCCCUUUCAAAGUGCGUGUUGGAGAGCCAGGCCAAGCAGGGAAUCCUGCUCUGGUGUCGGCCUACGGGGCUGGGCUUGAGGCAGGUACCACAGGUAUCCAGUCAGAAUUCUUCAUCAACACCACUCAGGCAGGCCCGGGGACACUGUCUGUCACCAUUGAAGGACCAUCCAAGGUCAAAAUGGAUUGCCAGGAAAUCCCAGAAGGGUACAAAGUCAUGUAUACUCCCAUGGCUCCUGGAAAUUACCUGAUCAGUGUCAAAUAUGGCGGGCCCAACCACAUCUCGAGGAGUCCAUUCAAGGCCAAGGUGACAGGCCAACGUCUGGUUACCCCAGGCUCAGCCAACGAGACCUCGUCCAUCUUGGUGGAAUCAGUAACCAGAUCCUCAACGGAAACAUGCUAUAGCGCCAUCCCCAAGUCGUCCUCAGAUGCCAGCAAAGUGACCUCCAAGGGGGCGGGGCUGUCAAAGGCCUUUGUGGGCCAGAAGAGUUCCUUCCUGGUGGACUGCAGCAAAGCUGGGUCCAACAUGCUGUUGAUUGGGGUCCAUGGGCCCACCACCCCCUGUGAAGAGGUCUCCAUGAAGCACGUGGGCAAGCAACAGUACAAUGUCACAUACGUUGUCAAGGAGAAGGGAGAUUACGUUCUGGCUGUGAAGUGGGGGGAAGAGCACAUCCCCGGUAGCCCCUUUCAUGUCACUGUGCCUUAAAACACCCUGUAUCCUGUGCUGGACGUGUCCCUUCCAGUUGCUUUUGUUGCUAGUUUGUAAUUCAUUUUUUUACAAUGUCCGCAGCCUGCUGGUGGGCCAGAAAACCCCGUCCCAAAAAAAAAACCUUGCCACUCAUUCCAAGUGCCUUUAGUGCCCUUAGACUCUUGAGGACAUGUGGGACAUCUUCGGAAAGCAAGCUGCGGCCAAAAACGUGCAGAGCACUCUGCCCAAAUCGAGAGGCUCUUGAGUUCCAAGGUCACUCCAGGCAGAAAGCAAGAGCAUGGAUAGGACUGACUGGCUCUCCUAAGCUUCUGGUCUACUCAAGUGUUUACCAAACAAGAAUGUCAUUGCAGAAGGGGGUCCUGCACCCCACUUGCCAAAGAACCUUGCACCCCACUUCCCUCAAGACUAAAGUCUGACCCAGAUCGUUCUCCAUGUCUGCGCCCUGACCACUUUGACUUCAUCGCAAAGCCAGCUCUGGAGUAGGAGGGAUUCUGCUCUUGCCUACUUUCUUGAAGACAUGUGGUCAUGGCCAAAUGCAGAGCCUCUGUCAGCUGCCCCCAGAGUCCAUUGCUUCUGCUAAAUGGCAGAGACCACUGAUAAAUUACUGUAGGACCUCCUCCUUGCAAAAGCUGGAAGGGGUGGAUACCCACCCCUGUUAUGACCCAUGAGAGGCCUUAAGGACCAAGGCACUAACACAUGCACCUAGGGUCUCUUUAAAGGCUUUGGUGUAAGCAUUUCCAGGCUGUCAAAUACCCCUUCCCCCUCAAAAUCGGGUGUUGUGGCUGUUGUCGUGGAUAUGGUAGGGGUGAAGUAGGUGUCCCGCACCAAGGCACGGCAGCCAGAGAGGUGUGGGUGCUAAAAGCCACCCGUUAGGACCCAGAGCAGCUGAAGCUGGAUGCGAAAGGGAUACAGGCUUAGUAGCCAUGGAGACCAAACUGGAACAAAUGCCGACUGGAAAGUGUAUCUUAUAACUUAUUAAAUAAAAUGUUUGCUCCAUGAA